AUGGCAGCAAUUUUCGAAAACUCUUCUCCUGUUAUUAGGUCAGAGGUAGACUUUUUUCAAGUAUUACCUACUGAUGCCAGUAUUGAAAAAAGUUUAUACGUAGAAUAUACUCCUACCACAAACGUUCAAGAAAAUUCGAGUCAAAUUGAAUUUGUAAUCCCAGAAUCUUCCAACUUUUAUCGUGAUUUUCAAAAGUCCUUCAUGUAUAUUGUUUGUCAAGUAGUAAAUGAUGACAAUUCUAAUCUUCCAAAUGAAGUAAUUCCCCCACCGGAGUAUUAUUAUGAUGAAACUGCUAAAACCAUUCAACUAAAAGCAUACAAGGAACCUGACCACCUGGUGGCACCUGUCAACAAUAUUGGACAUUCUCUGUUUUCACAAUGUGAUUGCUUUAUCAAUGAUGUCAUGGUAUCUCAAACAAACAAUUUGUAUGGAUACAGGGGUAUUAUGGAGGCUAUGUUAAAUUAUGGAAGUGAAUACAAAACCUGCCAAGGGGGUUUAUCUCUAUAUACACAAGAAAAACAUCCACAUGAGUUUCAAACAAAAAUAGAUGACGGCUAUAAACAACGGUACGAAGCAGUUAAAGGGAGCAAGAUGUUAGAACUGAUAUCUAAACCGUGUGCAGAUAUUUUUCAUCUUCCAAAAUACUUACUCAACGGAACUUGUAUUAAGUUGAAAUUCACAAGAAAUUCCCAUGAAUUUUGUUUACUUAAACCAUCCACAAGUGCUAAAAAAUAUAAAAUUAAGAUUCACUCAGCGUCAUUGUUCAUUAUAAGUCACCAGCUAUACCCAUGGUUAAGAGUAGCGCACGAAAAAUUGUUGUCUCAAAAUCACUCAGCAAAAUAUAGCUUUCGCCGAGUUGAAAUGAAGACAUUCUUAGUGUCAACUGGAAGUAAAAGUAUUUCAAAAGAAAAUCUGUUUUACGGACAUGUUCCUGUCAGAAUCGUUGUUGAUUUUGUUGAUAAUGCUGCUGUAAUCGGUAGUUCUACCCUUAAUCCCUUUGCGUUUGACAACUUUGACGUUUCUUACUUUUCUGUUCUUGUAGACGACGAACAAAUUUGUUUUAAACCACUUAAAUUAGAUUUUGACAGCAAUCAAUCUCUGUUGGGGUUCUAUACCUUGUUAACCUCUAGUGGUGUAGCACAUCAGGACCUUGGCAUAGGGUUAAAUCGGGAAGACUAUAUUACAAGUUCCAAAGCUUUAUUCGCGUUUAAUUUGUGCCCUGCUGUUGAGGAUGAUGUGUUCUCAAUUCACAGAACAGGAAAUAUACGAUAUUCAAUUUAA